AUUUAUUUCUGACAUUUGUGUUGUGAACGUCGUCGUGAUGAACAAAAUUUUUGUUUUGUCCUAAAAAAUAUGUUUGUACUUUAUCUAAAAUUUACACAGCUAUGAGAUAAAUAGUGUUUUAUAUUAGUUAUUCUGCGUACAUUUCAAUCCAAACAAUAAACUGAAACGAUGAUAGUUAAGUGGUAACGGGUUUAAAAUGUGUAAAACUGAUAACAGUGAAUGUCGCACGAUUUUCCCCUGGGAGAUUUCACAUAAACUGUAAUAUUUCGGUGGAAGAACGGUCGCAUGUACGCUGCAGGAAUGACCAUAAUGGCAGUUUCUGUUGGGGAAAUUUGUGAGAACACCAAGUUGGCUCGGGAAAUGGCUCUGAUGGGUAACUACGAGUCAGCGCUGGUUUACUACGAGGGAACCGUACAGAUGAUCCACAGACUGCUGAUCACCAUCGCAGACCCUACACGCAAGUCCAAGUGGCAGUUGGUCCAGAAGCAAAUGGCGCGCGAAUACGAGCAGCUGAAGGCGACGGUGGCGGCGCUGCAGGUGUUCCAGCACGAGGGCGACAAGCACAUCACGCCCGUGUCUGCAAACUUCGACGACUACCCAACCAGGGACCAGAUGUGGGGCCCGGCGCCGCACGAGCUGGACCCGGACAUCUGGCCGCCGCCGCCGGACCGCGACCACGCGUGGCCCGCGCCCACCAGCGUCGACCACAACCACAAAGGCCCAACAUCGAUCAAGUCAGCGCGCGCGAACCCCCGCGCCAGAGACACGAAGAAGCCGGCGCCCAACACACGGAACCCCACCACCUCGCAGCGGAAGACCUCCGACGUACGGAACCCUAAAAUAGCCGCGAAUAAGGCGCAUAGUGCUAAAACCAAAGACAGUGGCCACAAUAAAGAACCAAGCAAGGACAAGCAAGACAGAGAUAACAACAACGGGGACACAGACGAAGAGAAACAUAAAGAAGAACCCAGAUUCGAGCCGGCUAGCCACGCAGACGGCGACUUAGUUGACAUGCUCGAGCGGGACAUAGUACAAAAGAACCCGAACAUCCGGUGGGACGACAUCGCGGACCUGGCCGAGGCGAAGCGCCUGCUCGAGGAGGCGGUGGUGCUGCCCAUGUGGAUGCCAGACUUUUUUAAGGGCAUCCGCCGCCCCUGGAAAGGCGUCCUGAUGGUGGGCCCGCCCGGCACCGGCAAGACCAUGCUGGCCAAGGCGGUGGCGACGGAGUGCGGCACCACGUUCUUCAACGUGUCCUCCUCCACGCUCACCAGCAAGUACCGCGGCGAGAGCGAGAAGCUCGUGAGGCUGCUGUUCGAAAUGGCACGCUUCUACGCCCCCAGCACGAUAUUCAUCGACGAGAUCGACUCCCUCUGCUCACGAAGAGGCUCCGAGAGCGAGCACGAGGCGUCGCGCCGCGUGAAGAGCGAGCUGCUGGUGCAGAUGGACGGCUUGAGCUCCAGCGAUGAGGAACCUCAGAAGGUAGUAAUGGUGCUAGCCGCAACGAAUUUCCCGUGGGACAUCGACGAGGCCCUUAGAAGACGGCUAGAGAAGCGCAUCUACAUCCCACUACCCACACAAGAGGGCCGGGAGGCGCUACUACACAUUAACCUGAAGGAAGUCAAGAUAGAUGACGGCGUGGAUAUCAAGUUCAUAGCGAAGAAGUUAGAGGGUUACUCUGGAGCUGAUAUUACUAAUGUUUGCAGAGACGCGUCAAUGAUGUCGAUGCGCCGCAAAAUAGCCGGUCUCAAGCCCGAGCAGAUCAAACAACUAGCCAAGGAAGAGCUGGACCUACCAGUCACUAAGCAGGACUUCGUCGAAGCACUGUCAAAAUGCAACAAGUCUGUGUCCAAGGGCGACAUACAGAAAUACCUCACGUGGAUGCAGGAGUUUGGGUCGUCCUGAUUGAUGUAGACUUCAUAGUGAGGACUGUACACGCGAUGGAUUAAGAUUCUCUACCGCGCGCCUUUCGAGUCAUAGUGUAAGAAUUUGGUGCAAAAUUGACGUUUUUAUUGCGUUACUGGGUGAUUUUAAAGGUGAGUGGUCGAGAAUUGCCCCGCUAGAAUCUUGUUGUUGCAAUAGUCUGAAUCUGGUUGUAUAGAAGAAGAGGAGUCAGGUUCAGAAUGCUGUGAUGUGAGGAGGGAAAUAGUUGUGCGUUAUAGGCACGGCUAUAGUAGAGGCGAUACAAAGAUCUUACGAUUGCGAAUUUUGCUCAGAAACUUAACAAUCGUAAGGUUAUAGUAGAACUUACAUGGAUUUGUUGCAAUGUAUUUGGUUGUACCACUCUCAUGCCACCGCAUAAUUUAGAAAUAAUACUGUAAAUUUUGUGUAAAUUAACCCGUGAAUACGCCUUAACAUUUUAGUGAAGAAAAUUUCAGUAUUAUUGAGAUAGACUCUAAAAAAUAUUAGUCGUGAUAAAAAAUUCAUUUAAUUCCUACUUAAAUUGAUAUUUGACUUAAAUGUAUUCUUACAGAAAGAUAUUCGACAUGGCAUAUCAUUGCUACCAGCACCAAUAUAUCUGUAAAAUAUGGAGAUCAUAAAAAAAAAACAAUAUUUGUAGGUAACCGAGAGAAAACAGUUAAUUCUUUAAAUCUAGACACUUCCACUAAACUAAUAGAAAUGUUUUAAAUGAGAAUGCCUCCCUGUCUUCUAAACAGAAAGAGAUCUGACCCUUUCUUGAUUGUACUUAAUAAAACAAAUUACUUAGAUAAUAAUUAUGUGAGAUUUAUUAAUAGAUGAAAAUUAAUUUUAUGCCAUAACUAAUUUAAACUUUAUACUAAACUUGUUUUGUAUUUUUUUAAUGAAACUGAAAAUCUGCAAUAAAGUUUAAGUAAAUCAUAAUUUUGCAUUUUGUAACUGUAUAUUUUGUAGCUCAAUUAAUUCUAGAAAGUCUAUUCUGAUAAAUAACUAAUACCUUUCCAAUUCUUUGUAUGAAUUAUCAAUUUAUAGAUCAUGUCGCCUGAAUUGUAUGCCUGAGCUUGUAAUUUAGCUUGUCAUAAAUAUUGAAAUUCAGAUUUUUGUGUUCACUGAGGGCUGAUUUUUCAAUGGUCCGAUUAAUACAUAUAAACAAAAUGUGAACAACGUGCCACGUGAUCCGUUGAAGAGACAGACGACGACGUAGCGUAUCGUCUGGCAUGUCGUUCAGAUUAUAAUUAUGUAGAAGGAUGGAGCAUCAACGCUCAGGCCAGCCGACGUAGCUCUAAGGCUGGCUGUACACCAGUGCGGAGCGAGGGAUCGGAGCGGUGUCGCAAAAACUUCGCUAAUACAAUUUGCGCUCCGCACACGGCUCGGCUAGGGUGGACAGGCAGCCUAGGCCGCGUCCACGAUGUCAGCGGGCUGAGUGGCGGCCCGCACUAGUAAGAUUUAUUUAUAGGUGUUGCAAAACGGGUAUACUAAGCCGAAACCUACCUGUGCAGCUUGUUAUGUCUAAGCCCGAAAAUUAAAUCAGAAUGUUAAAAUUCGUCCGGUCGGUGACGUGACACACACAACACUCGUGUGGCAUCUCUUAACUUUUAUCCGACUAUUUAAAAAUCCGCCCUACAAAAUUGAUGAAUUCAUAAUUGUUGAAAGUUAUGAAUAAUCGUUGGUAAUGAAAACAAAACAAUGAAGGAUGUAUCUAAUCUUAUCUUUUUAUUUCAAAAACGUAAUUGGUCUGUAUAAAAUAAUAGAUAUAUAUUUUAAUUAAAAUUGGUAUAAAUUAGUAUAAAUGACAAUAUUUUUGCAAUGUUUAACACCCCAAUAAAGAUAAAAGCAAAAUAAUGAAUAAAUCCAUAUGAAAUAGU